UGCAUUUCUCAUUCUAAAAAAAGUUCCAGCGCAUAAUGAUUUAACUCCUUCUUCUAAAAUAAACGGUGACAAUUCUCUUAUAGUGGUCCUGUUGUUUUCUGUGGAUUGGUUCGGAAAGUCUAAAAGCUGACGUAUUUUAGUUUUAGAGCAUACUAUAUAAAAGUAAAAGGCUGUGGGUAUCAGAGUUAGCGAAUUGAGUGGUGGCAGAAGGAAAGCGAGAGACAGGCUUAUUUCUGAGAGUUGUGGAAGUAUUUCAAUAAUUAUAGUGCUUAUUAUUAUUCUUUUCUAACCAAAAUUCUAUAUCGUCUCAACGUUGACACAAGACAGACCAUUUUUUGUUUGUUUUCGGGAUACCAAAUCGAGAGGCAACAUCAAAAUGUCGAUGGUGAAUAUAAAAGAACUUUGCUCUCGAUGGGCCAGAAGGAGACAAAUAGGCAAAAAUGGAGGGAACGCCAAACAGGUCAUACCUAGAGGUGGAGCCAGUCAAAACGUCCCUUGUCGUCAAAGUUGACAUCUAGGAAAACCGGAUGGAAGGGUUGGGGAAGGAAGGCAUUCUGAAGAUCACAGGGCCCGUUUCUGACCUUGCCCAAGAUUUCGAACUGAACGUUGCGAAAGCAGAAUACAGUUAUAUUGUGGGGCCGUCCGCAAAGCCAAUUCUGGAAACAGACAGAAACCAAGGAGGGACCUGCGUGCGUCUGAAGGAGGCGGAAUGUGAAGCCGAUUUCCGAGUGAAGGUUUCCCUCCGUGGAACCGUUGGAUUCCCCGAUGAGGACAGAGCUGAUGAGAUACCCAUAGCAGAAAUCAUCAGCGACCUGAUUUAUGAAGCCGAAGAUGGUGAUGAGAGCUUUGAAAGGUUCCACCUCGGUGACGAUAAUGACGUCAUUUGGACUGUUGGGGGAAAAUGUCAUUUCUACUUGACAGCUCCUCGUCGUCAUGAUUGAGAGUGUGCCGAAAAAAAGAAUGAUCAAAUCAUGGCGAGGCAUUGUGGUGAAAUCAGGCGCUCGUCAAAAUAAUGAAACGGAAGAAACACAUUUUUCUGCCAGU